CAUAAACCAGAGACCCCUUUCAAUUCCAUUUUUCUUUUCCUUCAAUCUUUCAAUGGCACCUUUCAAGAACCCUUUCACAGCUUUCUUGACUGUCUCAACAACUCUCUCUUGUCCUUUCUCAAAAUCAAGAACCCACCUUUUAGCCACUUCUCUUCUCCUUCUCUCUUUCCUCUUCCUCUCCACUUCAUUAACCAACCACUCUUCUUCUUUCUCCGCUUCUGCUCUCGCUUCUCGUCUUUUCUUCGCAGCACUUUACAUCUCUCCCUUCUCUUCAGUUAAAUCAUCAAACACUUGUCUCGUCUCGGACUUGCACGAUAAUUGCACCCUCUCCUCUGUCACUGCAAUGGAAAGAAGUCGCAGGAAUUCAAGAAAAGAAGAAACUGAUCAGAAUUCAAGGCUUAGUUCUUGUGAUAUCUUUAAUGGUGAUUGGGUUGUUGAUGAUUAUGGUCCAAUUUACAAACCUGGGUCUUGCCCAUAUGUGGAUGAUGCCUUCAACUGCUUCAAGAAUGGAAGGCCUGAUCAAGGUUAUCUUGGAUUCCGAUGGAAGCCACAUGGGUGCAGAAUCCCAAGGUUUGAUGGGAGAAAGAUGUUGGAGAUGCUGAAAGAGAAGAGAUUGGUGUUUGUGGGAGACUCAUUAAAUAGGAAUAUGUGGGAAUCUUUGGUCUGUGCAUUGAGAGAAUCAUUGAAGAAUAAGAGCAGAAUUUUUGAAGUUUCUGAUAGAAGAGAGUUCAAGACUCAAGGAUUCUACUCUUUCAAAUUCAUAGAUUAUAAUUGCUCAAUAGAUUUUGUAAAAUCACCAUUCCUUGUUCAAGAAUGGAAAGCCUCAGACAGAAAUGGCACCAAAAGAGAAACAUUGAGGCUCGACAUGAUCCAAGGUACUUCCACCAAGUACAAUGAUGCUGAUAUAAUUAUCUUCAACACAGGUCACUGGUGGACUCACCAAAAGACCUUUAAGGGCAAAGAUUACUUCCAAGAAGGCAAUCAUGUCUAUAACAGGCUACAAGUGACUGAAGCAUAUACUAAAGCUUUGGGGACAUGGGCACAAUGGGUUGAUGCUAAAAUUGACACUAGCCAUACCAGAGUCUUCUUUCGCGGAUACUCAGCUUCUCACUUCAGGAAAGGGCAAUGGAAUUCAGGAGGGCAUUGUGAUGGUGAGAAGCAACCUAUAACAAAUGGAAGUGACCUUGCUCCAUAUCCAUGGAUGAUGAGCAUUCUUGAAUCUGUUAUAUCAGAGAUGAAGACACCUGUGUUUUAUCUCAACAUUACUAAAAUGACAGAUUACAGAAAAGAUGGGCAUCCUUCUAUUUACCGGCAACCUGAGACAAAAAGAACUAAGGAAAUUAUUCAAGACUGCAGCCACUGGUGCCUUCCUGGUGUCCCAGAUUCCUGGAACGAGCUUCUCUAUGCAACUCUUCUGUUAUCACACCGUAAUUUGUCAAAUCAUCACUAGAAAGUAGAUAUUACAUAUAGUUCUAUACUUGUACUUACAUUUUCAGUUUGCAUCAAAUUUUCUCUGUUUUUCUUAGAAAUCCACUUUUAUUUUUCCCUCCAAACUAGGAGAUUCUUUCUACUGACAAAUAUUAUUCUGGAAUGUGUAUGUUCUUGUGUGACUUGAUGCGUUGUAGAAAUUGACAAUUAUUAUACUAAAAUA